AGCGGCUUCUCCUCCUGUCCGUCUGUCUUUCUAUGUUUCUGCCUGUCUUUCUGUUUGUCUCCCCCUUUCUAAUUGUCUCUCAUCCUGGCUGGCGCUGCAACGUGGCUGGCUCUGCAGUGAAAGUGCUGGCUGGUGGAUUCUCCUUGAGUGAACCCUGACUGUGCGCAGUGUUUGCCGCUCCGCUGCUGUCCUGUCCACACUGACUCAGCUGUGCAGGCAGCCUGCCGGCCUCUGAGCGGACCCCGGCUGCAGGAGCAGUCUCUUUGACAGAAGUGUUGGGGGGGGCAGGCAGGCAGGCAGGCUCUCUACCCCCGGGACUAGUGUAGCGUGUUGCGCAACUGGGACGUGCCUCAUUUGGGCUCCAGACACUCACACAGCAUCUUCCAGAUUUACUCCACUAUACCAAAGAGGCCAAGUUGUGCUGAGGGAUAUUCUCUGAGCGCUCCAGAGCCUGGACUGGACCCUGCAGCAGUAUUUGUUUUGGAGCAGAUCUGGCUGCCAUGGAGGUCCAGAGGGUUGGGGUUGAACCCCUGAGGCUGGGCCCUCCACACACAGCCCUCGGCCUGAUCUUCUCUGUGCUGCUUGGUGUGUGGUCUGUUCAGGCCCUUGAGAUGUCUGUUGGGAAGAUUCCCUUCCUGCAGGCAGUGAAUGGCAGCACAGUCAUGUUGCCUUGCACAUACGCCAGCUGUAUCGGCAUCGAGGAUCUCUACUUCAGCUGGCAGUUCAAUGACAACGGCACCAUGCAGAAGGUGUGUGAUUCAGUGAUAGCGUCAGAGGAGGUGGAGCCACAUGUAGCUAUAUAUCGUGAACGGGUGGAGUUUGUGGGGAAGAACCAUAAAAACAACAUCUCCAUCUUGCUGUGGAACAUCACCUUCGAGGACGGAGGCCAGUACACUUGUUUUGGACGGAACCCCAAAGAGAAGGGCAGGAACCACAGCGCCAUCUUCAACCUCAUCGUGGUGGACGAGCUGAGGGUGGUGGACAACACGCUGACCAUCAUCAUAGCCUCGUGUGUGGGUGGAGCCAUCGCAGCGUUAAUGGGCUUCAUGUUGCUCAAGAACUUCACUCUCUAUGUUAUGUCUAAGCUUGAGGAGAAAAAUAAGGAGUGCCUUGUAACUUCAUCAGGGAUCGACAACACAGAAAAUGGCCUCUCAGGAUCCAAAGCUGAUUCAAAGCCGACACCAAAAAAGAAAUGAGAAAGUGCAUGUAUUCAAAACAAUAUUAGUACCCUUGUUUAUGUACCUUCUUUGCAUAUAUGAUGCACAUGUGUCUGCACACACGCAAAUUCAUUAUGUUCAAGUUGGGAAUCCUAAAAACUGCCUGGCUGUGGCCUCCAAAGGGGAAUAUAUACAUGUGCACACAACGCUACAACCUGCGCACAAUAGUGACUGUGCAGAUUAUAUACAACUAAAGAAUAAUUAUUUAAAAUGUGCUCACAAUUUGAUGAUUUAUAUCUAAAGGAUAAUUGCACCUACCAGAGCCUCUUCAGCUUGAUUUA